AUGUCAACAAGUGAUUACGAGUUAAUAAAGAUUGAGACGUUUGUUCUUAAAGUACGCAUGAACUGUCAAGGAUGUAUCAACAAAGUAAGGAAAGUACUCCAAAAAGUUGAAGGUGUCUGCAAAGUAGAUAUUAAUGCAGAAGAGCAGAAGGCAAUUGUCACAGGCAUUGUCGAUCCAUCCACUUUGGUCCAGAAGUUAGUCAAAUUUGGAAAACAUGCAGAGAUAUGGAAAGCAGGACACAACGGUCAUCAGGACAAUAACCAAACUCAAAUAAUAAACGGUCCUAGUGACUCUGAAAAUUAGUA